UCGGCGCUCUCCUCCCUCCGCUACGGCGACAGCCUCUCGGUGGUGGCCAUCUCGGGCGCCACGGCGGUGCUCUGCGAGGCCAUCUCCUGGCUCCUCAUCUACCGCACCGCCACCUACAACUCCCUCCGCGCCUCCAUCGAGCGCCACUCCCGCAAGCUCGACUCCAUGAAGUCCACCUCCUCCGGCACCGGCGCGGCCCCCUCCUCCCAGCCGGCCUCCUCGCGGGCCAAGAAGAUGGACCGCGUCGAGUCCAGCCUCAAGGACGCCUCGCGGGAGCUCUCCCUCGCCAAGCUCAAGUCCGGCGCCGUCGUCGCCGCCGUGCUCUUCGUCGUCUUCGGCCUCCUCAACUCGCUCUUCGAGGGCCGCGCCGUCGCCAAGCUGCCCUUCGCGCCCGUCCCGCUCGUGCAGCGCAUGAGCCACCGCGGCCUCCCCGGGAACGACCCCACCGACUGCGCCAUGGUCUUCCUCUACUUCCUCUGCUCCAUGAGCAUACGGACCAACCUCCAGAAGCUGCUCGGCUUCACGCCGCCCCGCGCCGCCGCCGGGGCCGGCGGCGGCCUCUUCGCCAUGCCCGAUCCCAAAACCAAUUGAGCUUGAUGAUCCCCUCUAUACAUACAUGUGAUGCCCCUGAUCUGAAGCAAAGCAUAUGAGUUGGUCUCCCAGAAAGAGUUGCUUCCCUGAAAGGAAGAUAAAUAACCUACCUAGUCGCUCAGAGGAGAAACACUAGAAGAUACUGUAAUGAUACAAUUCAUUUCUUCCACCCAUGAUAAGCAGGCAUGAACCGUACGUAGGCUGGCUGUAUCAUGAACAUUCUUGAGUUCACCCCAAGCAAUCUGUUGUCGGGUUUGUCGUAGAGCUGUAUUUUAUCAUCGGUCGUUCUAGUAUCACCAAAAUUGGUUCUAUUAUGUCCUUGCCACGGACAAGGUUGCCAUUGCUA